AGUCAAGUCAAUUACGGUAUUACUACAGAUAAAAUAUGCAACCCGUUCAAUCAAUUUUUUCGAUUUCAAAUUCUCUCUUCACCCAUCAUGUUUUUAUUAAUAAUGAUUAGUUGUGUCCAAAAUUAUAAUGAAAUUCCCAAUAACAAACCAGAUUAUAAUGAUGAUUAUUACAAUCAAUUUAUGAUUGUAAUAUCAUUAUUUUUAAUCAUUCCGUCCCUUUAUUUUUUAUAUAGAAAUUCUCCUCGUCUUUUAAAUGUUACUCCAAAAGAAAAUGUUAUUACUGUUGAUAAAGAAAUUUCUCCUAAUGAAAAUGAGAAAAAUGAGAUUUUUUCUGAAAUGUCUUUAUGUGGUGGAUUUAUUCCAUAUCUUCGUAAACUUCAUAAAAAUCAAGGUAAUAAUGUCACAUCAGAUUUACCUUAUCCUAAUACUAUUUCGGCUGUCGAUCCGAUGAUCGUGAAAGCUACUCUACAAGUUGGUGAUCGUCCUAUUGAAUUGUUCAAAUUCUUGGAACCUUUCCUUGGAAAUGAUAAUUUACAAAUUCAUGAUAGUAAAAGGGCUGCUAAAUUUAGAAAGGUGGUUGGUUCUUGUUUAGGACAUGAUGUUAUUGUUGUAAAGUAUCCAACUCUUAGAAAUCUUGCUCUCGAAUUUAUUGAAAGAUGGGAAAAGCUCAAAUGAAGAAAAUCUUGAUGUAAAGACCUAUAAGAAAUCUUAUGAUGAUGUAUUAAGUGGUUUAUUUGAUAAGCAAUUUGGUAAGCUGGAUACUUUACGUGAGGAAAGAUUCCAAGAGUCUAUCAAUUAUAUGAAAUCAGUGACUUGUAAAUUGAUUGAUCAAAGAAGAAAUGAGUUAAAAACAAAUAAUGAAG